GGCUGUUUCGCGAAUGAAGCUUUGCAGCGGCUUAUGUUCGAGGUUGCUUUAUUAUUUCUUGUUCAGGCGCUCCCUCUACCGGGAGACGUGAAGUUAACGCGGUCUUGUUCCGGUGAAGUUCACUGAAGCCUACCGAAAUGUGGGGUGCCCAAGACCCAUUCAUAAAGGAAAUAGUCCACUUUUCCUUAUGCUGUCGAGGAAUCACUCUUGUAAUGCAGUUUGUGUUCAACACUUUGAUACCAGAUCACCAGGCCGAUGCUUUUUCCCCUCCACAAACCUCUUCACCCAGUUUUGGGGACCAACUGACGGAGCUGCUUGUAGGGGGCCUAGGACGAUGGGAUGCCAAGCAUUUCCUCUUCAUUGCAGAGCAUGGAUACCUGUAUGAACACAACCUGGCGUUCUUCCCUUUGCUCCCACUUAGCAUUGCUGGUGUGGCACAUGGCUUACUUUUGCCGCUAGCGUCGGUGCUCAGCUUGCACAGUAGACUUUUGCUGUCGGCUGUUUUGUUGAACUGCAUAUGUUUCACCCUAGCCGCAGUCUCCUUGUAUCUUCUUGGCUGUCUGGUUCUGCAGUCACGCCGUAAUGCCUUCCUGGCAGCAUUACUUUUCUGUAUGAACCCAGCCUCCAUCUUCAUGACUGCUGCAUAUUCAGAGACCGUGUUUGCAUUAGCUACCUUCAUUGGGCUAUGGCAGCUGGAGAAGCGCAAGACUCUUAGAGGUUGGGUCUUUCUAUCCUUUGCCACGGCUGCCCGUGCUAAUGGCUUAGCUAAUGUCGGCUUCUUUUUGCAUUCAGUAGUACAAGCAAUUGUGGUAGGACCGUGUAAUUGGGUCAAGACUAGGAGGAUGUUUUUAGGAAGCCUGGUAGUCAUUCUGCCAUUUGCCAUAUUCCAGUCUUUUAGUUACUGGAAAUUCUGCAUGGUGUCUUCAACAACAGAAGAUGUACCUAAAGAACUACUGCAAUUGGGAUUAAACCACGGGUAUCGUAUAUCGGGUAAAAGCAUACCUGUCUGGUGCUCAGCCUACUUUCCUGUAGCAUAUUCCCACAUCCAGAGUGAAUACUGGGAAGUUGGAUUUCUCCGUUACUUUCAGCUCCAUCAGGUACCAAACUUCUUCCUGGCAGUACCUGUAGUAUUACUAAGUUCUAGUGCAAUAUGGGAGUAUGUUCGUGCCAACCUACAUCUAUGCGUGACUCUGGGACUUUUUGGAGUGCAACAGAAACCCUCUAGUGGAUACUGUGGACCUCGAGUUUUCCUGUACAUUGCUCAUAUUGCAGCACUGAUGGUUUUUGGAGUCCUGUGUAUGCAUGUGCAGGUUCUCACUCGUCUACUUUUCUCUUCCUCUCCUGUGCUAUUUUGGUUCUGCUCUCAUAGACUCCAACAGAAUGAGCCAUGGAUGUGGGGGCUUGAGAGAGGUUAUUUAACAUCCAAUCCUGCCCUGCGCCUCCUCCGUUCUUGGACAUCACUACAACCCCAGACAAAAGCUGUGCUGGGGUAUUUCCUAACAUAUUGGAUCCUUGGAACAGCUCUGCAUGUCAACUUCUUACCUUGGACGUAGCUGUUGAAGUAACUAGGCCGUGUUAGCAUAUGCGCUGUAAACAUAUACACCCUUGUGUGUUAUACACACAGCGUUGGGUUUCAUGAAGGGUAUAUACUAAAUAUAAUAUAUAUACAUAUAUAUUUAUUUGUUUAAGCUGUGUGAUCAAAGCAACCUGUGUAAAGCUUAUUUCUAACAGCACACUGACAUCGCAUCAUUGUUAUUGAGUAAUAAAAUGAAAACAUUUCUAUAUAAGUA